AUGAGAGCUGGGGGCUCCACGGUGCAGCAAGCCCUGACCGUGGAGGCGGCUGGGAUUGUGAAGCAAGCGGUGAGCCUCGCGCGGCGCCGUGGCCAUGCGCAGGUCACCCCUCUUCACGUCGCCAACAUCAUGCUGUCUUCCUCUGCGGGGAUCCUCAGGGCCGCUUGCCUCCAGUCCCACUCUCAUCCCCUCCAGUGCAAGGCCCUCGAACUCUGCUUCAACGUCGCCCUCAACCGCCUCCCAGCUUCCACCUCCUCGGUCCCCAUGCUCGGCCCCCAGCCUUCCUACAACCAUCAUCACUACCCCCCGUCUCUCUCCAACGCCCUUGUGGCGGCCUUCAAGCGCGCGCAGGCCCAGCAGCGACGGGGUUCCAUCGAGACCCAGCAGCAGCCCCUCCUGGCUGUGAAGAUUGAGGUGGAGCAGCUGAUUAUCUCCAUCCUGGAUGAUCCAAGCGUCAGCCGGGUCAUGAGAGAAGCCGGCUUCUCGAGUACCCAGGUGAAGAACAACGUGGAGCAGGCGGUCUCCUUGGAGAUAUCCGAGUCUUCUCCCCUCUCUCCCGGCACCGCGGCCAAGCCCAAGGCCAAUCCCAGCAGCCUCCGGUCUUCAACCCCUUCAGUCAAAGCCAUGCCAGCGGAUCAAGUAAGGCAAGAAGACGUGAAGGCCGUCGUAGACUUCUUGGUCAGCCGGAGGAAGAGGAGCGUAGUGAUCGUUGGUGAGUGCUCGACGACUGCUGAGGGAGUCGUGAAAGCUGUGAUGGAUACCAUCGGCAAGGCGGAGGUGCCUGAGAUCUUUGGGAAUGUGCAGUUCAUCAGCCUCCCUCUCAUCUCCUUCAGGUGCCUCUCUAGAGAAGAGGUGGAGCAGAAGUUGGGGGAGCUCAGAUGCCUCCUCAAGAGCUACUGCGCGGAGAGUGGAGCUAUCCUGUACCUCGGGGAUCUGAAGUGGGCCGCCGAGUACAGUUCUGCCUCCGGGGGAAAGGGGCGGAGUUGCUAUUGCCCGGUAGAACACGUGAUCAUGGAGCUUGGGAGGCUUUCCUCCGGUUGGUCUGGGGAGCAUACCAGUGGCGGCAGAUUCUGGCUCAUGGGGAUCGCAACAUAUCAGACUUACAUCCGGUGCAAGACCGGGAAUCCCUCUCUAGAAGCUGUUUGGGGCCUCGUCCCCAUAACCAUUCCCUCAGGAAGCUUGAGACUGAGCCUCAGCUGCGACAGGUAAAACUCUCCGCAAUCAUGAGAUAAUCAAGGAUAAUCAAGAUCACCCUGUUUUCUCUGAUUCAUCAGAGGGAGAGCUCCUAUUGUGAAUCUCGAAAGGAAAGCUGAGCCCCCGGCUUUUACCAUGAAAAGCUGGGACGUGGGAGGUGUUCUUUUGGUUUCUCCCCUUAUCCGUUCGCUAGAUUUUCCCUCUCCUCCUCCGAUCGUCGAUUCCGAUAAACAAAAAAGAAGAAAGCACUGAAUCGAACGAGAAAUCCGUUAGGUAUAUUUUCACAUUGCUGUGAGCUCUUCGCUUUUCCAAAAGGUUACAGCCGAGCCUUUCGCCGGCCCACGCCUCCUCUUCCUGUUUCCGACUCCCCCCAACAUAGAUAAAUUCAUUAAAAACUUUUAAAAGCAUUGCCAUAGAUUAUCUGGAGUAGAAUAUCACCCCAAUUCUUCUGCUGAUAUUUUGCCGUCCUGCUUUUUGUUUCAGUGGCAUCAAUGGAGAUGUAUCGUCGUGGUCUCGGAUUGAAAAUGGAGGCGAGAACAAGCUCGGUUGCUGGGAUGCUCCCGUUAAGGUGGAGAUCCAGGCGAAGGGCCUGACGAAUAGCUGCGGCAGCAACCUCGGCUCCGUCACCUCCAGCCUUCCUUCGUGGCUCCAGCAAUACAAAGAAGAAAAUAGAAGGACGGCGGCCUCUAACGAGGUGAUCAUCUCAUCUUCUCCCAUGCUUCAAUGAUUAUUAGCCAAUGAGCAUCGUUUAACCCAUGUAUUUUGUGUUUCAUGUAACCGUAAACAGAAGCAUAUCGGGGAUCUAUGCAGGAGGUGGAAUACCACAUGCAGCUCAUCCCGCAAGCAUCACCACCUCUUGCAGGAGAAAACCCUAAACUUCUCCUCAAUCUCUCCGACCUCCUCUUCCGUCUUGUCGUAUGGGCAAAAACAGUGCAGCCUACUCCAGAAGCACAAAACCUGGCCCGUCCCCACCGACGGCAGAAGUCCUUGGGCUGACCACCGUGGCUGCGCAUCUCAGGCCGCAGAUGCAGGCUCUAAGCCUGACCCUAGUCCUUUCUCGACGUCGUCCGGUGAGACCAUGGAAGCAGACCGCCCCAACAGCUUCAAGGAGCUAAAUGCCGAGAACUUGAAGUCACUGUGCCAUGCCCUGGAGAAGAAGGCUACGUGGCAGAAAGAUAUAGUUCCUGAUAUCGCGGCCACCGUUCUCCGGUGUAGGUCGGGAAUGACGCGAAGGAAAGAAGGAUCGAACUCCAAGAUCAGAGAGGAUACGUGGUUGCUCUUUCAAGGUGGCGACCACGAAGGCAAGGAUAGGAUAGCGAGGGGCUUGGCUUGCCUCAUCUUUGGAUCCCCGGCAAGCUUCGUUUCAUUUGGUUUGAGUAGCUUUGCUUCAACAAGGUCUGGAUCAAGCGACGAUCUCCGAAGUAAGCGGCCCAGAUCAGAAGCUAGCAACAGCUACACAGAGAGAUUGGCAGAAGCCGUCCGCAAGGAUCCACACUCCGUCGUACUAGUGGAAGACGUAGAGCAAAUGGAUUACUAUACCCAAAUAAACAUAAGGAACGCAAUCGAGCGAGGGAAGAUACGCUCUUCCGACGGCGAGGAAGUCGGUCUCAGCGACGCGAUCAUCAUCCUCAGCUGUGAAAGCUUCGAUUCGAGAUCAAGGGCCUGCUCUCCCUCCGUCAAGCAGAAGUCAGAGAGCGAUGGAGAAAAGGGUUUGGAAGGCGAGAAGGAGAAACCCCACUUCAAAUCGUUGGAUUUGAAUCUGUCAGCCGACGAUGAAGAUGAAGUACAAGUUUGGACUUACGACGAGAUUGACCUACUCAGUUUGGUAGACGGGCGGUUCUUCUUCAAGUUGAACGACGACUUCUAG